AUGGCCGUCAUCAACAUAUCCUCCACUGAGCAAUUCAGCACACUGCUGAGCUCUUCGCGCUUUGUUGUCGCCGACUUCUAUGCCGACUGGUGCGGUCCUUGCAAAGCCAUCGCUCCCGUCUACGAUUCCCUGGCGCAGCAGCUGUCGCGCCCGAACCACAUCACAUUCACCAAGAUCAACGGUGACAACCAGAAGGAGCUUGCGCAGGCAUACAGCGUCCGUGCAUACCCGACCUUCAUCGUCUUCGACACCGGCCGCAAGAUCGAGACGGUCGCCGGCGCCAACCCUCAGAAAUUGAACGAAGUGAUCCGGAGGCUCGCAUCGGAAGCAACCAAGUCUGAUGGCGGAUCUGGCGAGGGAAGCGGCGCUGGCUGGAUGGGCGCCGAGGUAGCUGCGCGGUACACCGACGUGACGGACCAGGUUGAUACCAAGGGCUUGGAUCUGCUCAACCGGGACAACCAGUUCGGCGAGCCGCGCGUGCUGUUCGACACCUCCAAGCCAUCGGCCCUAGCAGGGAAGGGCAAGGGCACGGACGAGGGCAGCAGCAGCGGUGCAGACUGGGUCGAGAGCGACACCGACGAGCAGCUCAUGCUCUACGUGCCCUUCCAGUCCAAGCUCAAGGUUCACUCGCUCCAUGUGACAUCUUUCCCACCCGCUGCCGGCGAAGGCGACGACGACGACGAGCUGCCCAUGCGGCCGCGGACCCUGAAGCUCUACACCAACACCUCGCAUGUGCUUGGGUUCGAGCAGGCGGAGGACGCCAACCCCGUGCAGACGAUCGAGAUCCAGCCGGAGCAGUGGGAUGCGAAGACAGGGACGGCGACGGUUGAUCUGCGAUUCGUCAAGUUCCAGAACGUGACCUCGCUAGUUUUGUUCUUCGUGGACGGCGACGGGGACAGCGAGAAGCUGCGCGUGGACCGGAUUCGCAUUAUUGGCGAUGCAGGCGAGAAGAGGGUCAUGGGCAAGCUGGAGAAAAUCGGCGAUGAGCCUGGCGAGUAA